AUGAACGGGACUUUCUUCAAUCAGACAGUGCUGGACCAAGGAGCUUACAACAACUCUUCGCAGGGUCUUGGCUCUUUGAUGGGAUGCUGCAAUGGUACCGGGCUGUCAUCACCAGCGAUGGUGGUGGGUCUUUGGUCCUCAGUCCUGAUGAGAGGAGCCUCUUCAUCACUAGGGUGGUGCAGAUAGCCGUGCUCUGUGUCCUCUCGCUCACCGUAAUCUUUGGCAUUUUUUUCCUGGGGUGCAACUUGCUCAUUAGAUCUGAAAGUAUGAUUAACUUCUUGGUGAAGGAUAGGAGGCCAUCUAAGGACGUGGGAGCUGUGAUCCUCGGUCUCUACUGA